UACAUUACUCAUGUCCGGCAGGGCGUUUACAUCUAUAAUUAUAAUAACAUUAUCUCAUGUCAAAGUUCAAGUUUUGUUAGUCUGUCGUCAUUUAGAUUCUUCAUCACGAUGAAUAUAUACGUGAAAUUUUAUUUAGUGCUGUUUUUUCUUAGUUCGGUGACUUGUCGAAGCGCUCUUCAAGAGGAACUCACCGUUCUGUCCGUGAAAGAGUUCUUGACUAAAUAUGGCUACCUCCCAGAGAGAAUUAAAGGCGUCGACUACACCUACACAAAAAAGGCGAUAGCAGAUGGCGUUAGAAGGAUGCAAGCAUUCGCCGGACUGCCGCCAACGGGAGAAAUUGAUGAAGAAACUGAAAAGCUGUUCAAAACGAAACGAUGUGGCGUAAAAGACAUCGUGACUACUUCCUCCAAUCGACACAAGAGAUAUAUCGUGCAACAGGGCUGGGAUAAGAAGACAAUCACUUACAGUGUUUUAAAUGGAACAAGCACCCUCGAAAAAUCUCGAGUGGAGGCAUUGAUGGAUGCUGGUCUUGCAGUGUGGGCCCCCCAUGGAGGGCUGACUUUCCUUAAACGUGAUACCAAACCAGAUAUAUUAGUUUCAUUCGUCAACAAAGACCACGGUGAUGGGUUUCCGUUUGAUGGUCCAGGCCGUGUAGUGGCCCACGCAUUUCCGCCCCCUCACGGCGCGAUGCAUUUUGAUGAUGACGAGCUGUGGGCUGACAAUCCUGUUGACGAAGAUGAAGAUGUGACUGACUUCUUCGCGGUCGCAGUGCACGAAAUAGGCCAUGCGUUAGGCCUAUCACACUCGAAUGUAAAGGCAUCAGUUAUGUACCCGUAUUACCAAGUGCCAGUGGAGAAGCUGCACGAGGAUGAUAUAUCGGGCAUGCGAGAGUUGUAUUCUUCAGUAACAAAUGAUAACUCCAAAGAAGAUUCGGAGGAGACAACAGAGGCAGUGGUCUCCCGCUCGUCUCUUGUGCCUCGCUUCACGAAAGCUGAUAUAGAUGAAGAUGACAUUCCUGAUCUCUGCUUCACAUAUUAUGACACGAUACAGGUCAUACAGGGAAAGAUUUUUGUGUUCGAAGAAGAGUGGGUGUGGGUGUUGACAGAAAGAAAACAGAUAGAAGAAGGAUACCCGAAAAAGUUCCACGACGUGUUUAUUGGACUACCAAAAUAUAUUAAUGUUAUUAAAACGAUUUACGAGAAACGAAAUGGACAUAUAGUCAUAUUUUGGAGCCGACAUUACUGGGAGUUCAGCUCUCGAUUUCGUUUAAUAAAACGCGGGAGGAUCACAGAAUACUCCGUCCCACCACAAGUAUCCGAGCUGACGACAGUCUUCAUAUCUAACUAUAAUAAUAAGACCUACCUGUUUGAAGAAGAGAGAUUCUGGCGAUACAAUGAGGAUACAAAAAAGAUGGAUAGAGGAUACCCAAAGAUGAUGUCAGCGUGGAGAAAAGUGCCUGCGCCGGUUAAUGCAGCUAUUAUAUGGAAAGGAGAUACGUUUUUCUUCCAAGGACCACGUUUCUGGCGAUUUGAUAACACAUUAAUUCAAGCACACGAAUACUAUCCCUUACCGACAGCGCAAAUAUGGUUCCCUUGCGAAGCGACGCCGGAAAUGGGAAGAUACCUAACUAAUGAUGAACCAUAAUUAGGCGUUAUACUUCAAGAGAUACAUAUCUAAGUGACAGGUUUUACAAAUGUAUGUGAUAGUUACUGAUAAGAGGAGUUUGUAUGAGCUAAUUUUGGGGGCUACAAGAACCCGGAUUAAUAUUAAUCGUUGGAAUGUGUUUUUAAUUAGCAUUAAUCUGUAUGUAUUAAUUUUGAAUGGAAAUAUUGAGUAACGCUCGGUGGACGUAUUUGGAACUAAACUAAAGCGCAUAUAUAAAUAUAUAUAUUUUAACUUAAACAUGCGCCUAUCAACCGUGAGGUCGAGCAUUCGAAUCACGGGCAUCUUUAUACGUUUCUGCCUGUG